GCGUACCCCCUCAUCCCCAAAUCUACCUUGGGAUCGACGAAGAAUAACCUUGUUUCCUGCUGGAACUGGAGCAUUCAUCUUUGAUCUCUUUACUCUUGUGUGAUCCCAGAAGCCUGGGGUUUCCGAAGCUGAGCAGCAGGUGCCUGGUUGGUGCCCAGUCGCCGCCAGAAGACAAGCCUAGUGGGCUCUCAGCCAGCUACCGAGUACCAUGGACCGCCCAGGAGCACCUGUCCCCAGAGCUGGCCAGCCCCACCGAGUCUGCAGGACUGGGAACCCGGGCUUCACGCUCCACACCUGAGGCCUCUCCCUUCGCCUCUUCUCCCCAGGUGCUGUCAUUAGUUCCAGCCCAGUAAAGAGCUGCUGGGGCUGGAUGGACAGUCAUGGGGGAGCCCAGUAGAGAGGAAUAUAAAAUCCAGUCUUUUGAUGCAGACACUCAGCAGCUGCUGAAGACAGCACUCAAAGAUCCAGGUGCUGUGGACUUGGACAAAGUGGCCAAUGUGAUUGUGGACCAUUCUCUGCAGGACUGUGUGUUCAGCAAGGAAGCAGGACGCAUGUGCUACGCCAUCAUUCAGGCAGAGAGUAAACAAGCAGGCCAGAGUAUCUUCCGGCGUGGGCUCCUCAACCGGCUACAGCAGGAGUACCAGGCUCGGGAGCAGCUGCGAGCACGCUCCCUACAGGGCUGGGUCUGCUAUGUCACCUUUAUCUGCAACAUCUUUGACUACCUGAGGGUGAACAACAUGCCCAUGAUGGCCCUGGUGAACCCCGUCUAUGACUGCCUCUUCCGGCUGGCCCAGCCGGACAGUCUGAGCAAGGAGGAGGAGGUGGACUGCCUGGUGCUGCAGCUGCACCGGGUGGGGGAGCAGCUGGAGAAGAUGAAUGGGCAGCGCAUGGAUGAGCUCUUUGUCCUGAUCCGGGAUGGCUUCCUGCUCCCAACUGGCCUCAGCUCCCUGGCCCAGCUGCUGCUGCUGGAGAUCAUUGAGUUCCGGGCAGCCGGCUGGAAGAUGACCCCGGCUGCCCACAAGUAUUACUACAGCGAGGUUUCUGACUAGUUCUACAGAUCAGGGCUUCCUCACCAGCAGCACUGGCCUUUCUUGCACCCACCUCUCCCAUACUUUUUCCCUUUUAGACUUUCCCAUCUCCCGG